CUUCGUAUUCGCGCCGUUGAUUGCAAAGCAUCUCAGUGCUCGUGAGCAUUUUGCAGAGGCCUCCGCAGCAGCAGCAACAACAGCAGCAGCCGUCGUUGCCGUUGCCGUUGCCUUUGCCGUUGUCGUUGUCGUAGCCGCUACCAGGUGCGGUGUUCGGUAUUUUCGUACCCAGAGCAUUUUGCAGAACUGUUUAACAUCAGUCUUUAGUGAUAGCUCGCGCUUCUUGCUCGCACGCUCGAAUCGCAUGUCGCACGCUCGCACGCUGCGUCGUCGGCUUUUUACAGAAACACCAGAAAGAAACGAUUGCAAAUUGUAACGUGCGUUCAUCGAUCGAGACUUCGAUUACUCUCGUAUAUCGUCUAUCGUAUAUCGUAUAUCGGCUAUCGUUUAUCGGCUUACAAUCCCCCGCCCAAAGUAUGCAAAGUGACCCAAUAACAACUCAAUUCACAGUUAACAAGUUAAUCUAGAGUGCUAUAUUGCCGCAAGUGCUAUACUUUUCACACCUCUCUCACACACAUACACACACGCGCGCACACACACACAUGAGAGGCAUAAAAAAGAAAACAGAGGCGCGCGCUUGUUCGCCAUUUGCCCAACUCAAGUCCAAGUGCCUUUUCACCACAUAAAGGUGUGGCCUAAAGUCAAACAACAACAACAACAACAGCAACAACACGACAACAAAUGCAUCUUGAGAGUCAACUGAACAACAAGUCAACUAAAACUCAUCUUUCACUAUGUUCUAUAUAAAUUAGACGGCAGCAAAUUGAAUAAACACACACACACACACACAUACAUACUCGUGCAGAGAGUGUGUUAUAUACACACACUCGCACACACUCGUAAAUACAGGGAGCGUAACGAGCGCGUGUUUGUGUCGUUUAUAGAGUUUCAGCUACGGUAUAUAAUGCAUGUAUAUCAAUGUACAUAUUGCUGAGCUCUACGCUCGUCUAAAGUUCUAAAAGUCAAGUGCAAUUUAGCAACGACAAGCAACAACAACAACAAAUGCUAAAAUACUGUACGCUUAAGUGACGUUUUAUUGGCGCAAGGUGAAAAAAAAAAAAAUAGUAAUAAUAAAACUAAAAUAAAAAUAGAAAUAAACGAGCGAGGAGAGUUUACAAUGUGCACACAUAACAAACAACUUAAAUGAUUUUUCGAACCAAAAAAAAAGCAACAACAGCAACAACAACAAACAACAAUAAUAUAGGAAAUAUAACAAAAAAGAUAACAAACUGCAGCCUCAGUGCACUAUGAAAAUUUGUAACUGAAACACGUGAAAAAUCGAGAGACGGAAAGCCGCACGGAAUCUCUAUUCAAAUUUGGAUUAAACAAAGUAAUUUCAACUCUUUGGCUUCUUUUUUUUUUGGCUUUUGCGGGCAGUUCAAAGGCGUUGAUAAGGACACACGUCCUGAGCGCACAGGCUGAGCGCAUUAGCAGCUACCAUGAUGAAUCAGGAUAAUCCGUAUGCGAUGAAUCAGACGUGCAAGGUCUGUGGCGAGCCGGCAGCUGGAUUUCAUUUUGGGGCAUUCACAUGCGAGGGAUGUAAGUCCUUCUUCGGUCGCUCGUACAACAAUCUGUCCUCCAUAUCGGACUGUAAAAACAACGGCGAGUGCAUCAUCAACAAAAAGAACCGCACGGCCUGCAAGGCGUGCCGCCUGAAGAAGUGCCUCAUGGUGGGCAUGUCGAAGAGCGGCUCGCGGUAUGGCCGCCGCUCCAAUUGGUUCAAGAUCCACUGCCUGCUGCAGGAGCAGCAGCAGCAGGCGGUGGCUGCCAUGGCAGCGCACCACAACAGCCAGCAGGCGGGCACGGCGGGCAACGCGGCCAUCGGUGGCGCCUCCAAUGGCUGUGUGAAGCCGGGCGGGCCGGCGUCCUCGGCAGCGGCUGCGGCGCUGGGCAUGCUGGGGCAUGCGACGGGCGGCUAUCCGGGCCUGUACGCAACGGGACCGCCGCGCAGCAAGGAGGAGCUGAUGAUGCUGGGCCUGGAUGCCAGCGGCGAUUAUGGCGGCAUCAAGCAUCCAGCGCUCGUCGCCUCGCCGUCGGUCAGCUCGCCGGACUCCCACAACUCGGACAGCUCCGUGGAGGUGAGCAGCGUGCGGGGCAACUCGCUGCUGCAGCUGCAGGGCGCGGGCAAGCAGAGCGCCGGCGGCGAUGCCAGCCAAGCGGCGCAGGGCGGCACAGCGCCCGGGCGACCGCCACAGCUGCGCAAGGAGCUGGCGCCGUUUUUGCCAUUGCCGUUCCCGGGUCUCGGCUCGAUGCCCGUGAUGCCACCGCCCGCCUUUCUGCCGCCCUCACAUCUGCUCUUUCCCGGCUACCAUCCUGCGCUCUACUCCCAUCACCAGGGCCUGCUGAAGCCCACGCCCGAGCAGCAGCAGGCGGUGGUGGCUGCUGCGGCGGUGCAGCACUUGUUCAACUCGAGCAAUGCGAGCGGGCAGCGCUUUGCGCCCCAGCUGCACGCCUCGGCGCCCUUUGGCCACGCCGGCCUCAAAGAGGAGUCCGCUCUCAGUCCCAACCACAGCAGCAGCAACAACAACAACAAUUUACUGCCCAAUGGCAGCAGAACAGCGACGAGUGCUGCGGACGAGCUGACGAAGCGCUUCUACCUGGAUGCAGUGCUCAAGUCGCAGCAGCACAGUCCGCCUCCGCUGGCGACAAAGCUGCCGCCGCACAGCAAGCAGGACUACUCCAUAUCAGCGCUGGUCACGCCCAACUCGGAGAGCGGGCGGGAGCGCGUGAAGAGCAGGCAGAGCAACGGUGAGGCGGACGAGGAGGAGCGCGGAACGGGCAGAGGCAGCGACAAGGCGGCCGACGAGGAACUGGAACUGGAACUGGAGCCGGAGGACGAGGAAGAGGAUGAGGAGGAUCUGGUGGUAUCCAUGACGCCGCCACGUUCGCCAGCCCAGCAGCAGUCGGAGCAACUGGCGGACGGGCAAGCCGCAGCGCAGGACAAUCCCAUUGACUUGAGCAUGAAGACCACGGGCAGCUCCGGCUCCAGCUCCCGGAGUUGCAGCAGUAUUAAGAGCAGCUGCGCGCAGCUCGAUGCAGCGAACUGCAGCGAUAAUGAGCCAGCUGCUGAGAGGGAGCCAGCUGAGGAUGGGGUGCUCCAAGCCAGAGCCCUCGACGAGGAGGACGCCGAUGAGCGGGAGUCCACGCAAGCUGAGCUCGAGGAUAACAGCACCACGGAGACGGUCAAGACCAGCAUAGAGCAAACCCAAAACAUGAACAACAACAACAACAAUAACAAUACUAACAACAACAAUAACAACAACAACAACAACAAUAGCAACACCAGUGAUAAUGAGGCCAACGAUAGCAUCAAACGCAAGCUGAACGAGCUGCUGCAGGAGUCGAACGGCUCGAAGCGUUUGCGCCUCAGCUCCCCACCCGCAGCCGAAUUGCCCGUGAAGUUGGCCACCUCGACAGCCCUCGAUUUAACCAACAAGGUUUGAUCGAUAAGCGCGCAAAGUUAGACAAAAUGGCGACAGUUUGCCGCUAGGCGUAACACUAUGCAACAAAAUAUGGGC